CCACCGCCACCGGAGUGCUCUGUCCCCGCCGGCCUCAGCGCGUGUCCCGCCGGCGACCAUGCUGGACCGCGAGGGCGGCUGGAGCGUGUCCUUCGCCGGCUGCGGCUUCCUAGGCGUCUACCACAUUGGCGCCGCCACCUGCCUGCAGGAGCGCGCCCCGCAUGUCAUCCGCGACGCGCGGCACAUCUACGGCGCCUCCGCCGGGGCGCUCGCCGGCGCCGUCCUCGUCGGGGGCGGCUCUCUGGCUCAGGCUUGUGCAGAUGUUCUGGCAUUAGCCAAAGAAGCUAGAAAGCGAAAUCUGGGUCCUCUUCAUCCUUCCUUUAAUGUGAUAAAGAUAAUAAGAGAUGGGCUGAUGAGAAAUCUUCCAGAAAACACGCACCAGUUGUCAUCGGGCAGACUGUGUAUUUCGCUAACCAGAGUAUCAGAUGGCAAGAAUGCCUUGAUAUCUAAUUUUGACUCUAAAGAAGAAGUUAUACAGGCUUUAAUCUGUAGUUCAUUUGUCCCUAUUUAUUGUGGUCUCAUUCCACCAUCAUUUAGAGGUGUGCGCUAUGUGGACGGAGGAAUCAGUGACAACUUGCCUCACUAUGAGUGUAAGAACACCAUCACAGUGUCCCCUUUCGCUGGGGAGUGUGACAUCUGUCCCAAGGGCAAGUCAGCCAACUUCCAUGAGAUGAACGUGACCAACACCAGCAUUCAGUUCAGCCUGGGCAACCUUUAUCGCUUAACACAGGCGCUCUUUCCACCUGAACCCCAGGUACUCGGAGAGAUCUGUGAGCAGGGAUAUUUGGAUGCUCUUAAAUUCUUGAGGGAGAAUGGUAUUCUGAAUGACUCAAUUUAUAUACACUUGUCCUUCACAAAAAUAAACCCUCGUGAGGCUGCACAACAACACCUUGACCACGUGAAGAGAAGAAAAUUGACAGAAAAUAACAGAGUAGAAACUUUGAAAAUGACCAGCUUAAAUGAGCAGCUAAAGCAAAAUCCAUGGCCUUUGGAGAAGAGCAUAUUUGAGAGUCUACCUCCCAGACUUCGUAAAGCACUGCAGGAAGCUUGUAAAGAACAGAAUGGAUUCUAUGCUCAGUUCUCUAAACUCUUCCCCAUGCGGGUGAUAUCCUACCUGAUGUUGCCGUACACACUCCCAGUGGAGUCUGCUUACUCGGUUGCUUUACGGUUGAUGAACUGGUUUCCUGACAUGCCUGCUGAUGUUCGAUGGAUGCAGGAGCAGCUUUUUCGGAUUGCUGCAACAGUUUAUGCCCAAGCUAAAAGCAAGCUGUUCUGUACAGCCAGGAAAGACAAUUAUGCAUCACUAAGAAAAUGUCAAACUGUCCCAUCUACUGUGGAAUUUCGUUCUUCAUACUGCCACCUUAAAAUGCCUCACUCUUCUGCACACAUUGAGAGCUGGCUCUGGCAAUCUUCAUGCUUCAUGCACUCAGCUAUGAAAAAUGCUCCUGCUGAUGUCCAGGAGCAGUCUGACUUAAAGUUCUAUCCUAAUUUCCUCCCAAAUCCUGAUGAGUCUGCAUUGGAAAUAGAUGUUGACUCUUCCUCAGAGACAAGUUUCCAAACUGCUCCAGAGUAUUAAUAGGAAAGUAGGUUCCACAGUUUCCAUAAUUGAAAUUGGGCAGAGAAAAUUAAAACCUAGACUAGGAAUCAUUUUGUUUGUUGCCAGUAAGUCUUGGCAAAUUACUGUUUACAGCUUCCUGAGAAAUCUGCCUUGGGACUCUUACUGUUUUAAGGAUGAUAAAAACAGUGGCUGCUAUACUAAGUAACAGAUUAUAGCUCUGUCAAAGCACCAGCUCAAUCAGCUGUACUAAGAAUUGUAGUUAAACAGUGUCUCUCUGGAAAUAAAUCUUUUUAAAAAUUACUUCCAGCAUAAAAAUGUAAAUUCUGUAAACAGAUUGUUAGACAAACAAGCAUAGAUAACAGAACGUUUUUAAAAAUGUAAUUCUUAACAAUAUUAUGUGUUAGGAUUAGUUUUAUAGCACUUAAAUGGAAUUGGAUUUUUACUCCCUUAAGAGGAAUUGGAUUUUUACUCCCUUAAACACAAGUGAGUUUCUUAGUGGCCUCCAGUGUCCAUUUGCCUUAUAUUUAAACAUACUUUUGUGUUUAUGGAAAGUUGUCUGCAGAAGAUACUGUGCAGUAUCUUGUGGAGGAACAGUAUUAUUUUAGGUUGUUAUAUGUACUCUGCAGUUCCUGUUACCUUUCCUCUGUGUCUCUUUCUCUCCUGAAAUACUUCAGGUGAAAAUGGCAUGAGAAAUGGGACACCUUCCCCUGAAGUGUAAACAAGUACAGUUUCAGUGACUUCAGAGGACUCUUUUUUUUUUUUUUUUUUUUUUUUGGAACUUCAGAUAAAGGCUUACUACUUGAUCAAGUAUUGAAAAGUCGGUAAAAUAGUGACUGUGGUUAGUAGCAAGCAGUAUGUGGAGAAGGUGUUAAACUUUACAGAAGAUGUUAACAAAACUCAGUGUAUAGCAAGUGGUCAAUGAUGUUUAGCAAGUGGUCAAUGAUGCUUAGGUUGUCUCUCUAAUUGUUACCCGAUCAUUUUGGUUUUUGUUCCACUCCAGUUUCAGCGAUUUUUCUUUCCUUCUUUCACUUCCCUGUUGCUAAAGAAAGAAAGGUGUCCCUCUGUCUCAGUGAGGUAGGAUGACCCAAAGGAAGUUUCCCAAGAUUGUCAGGCACAGCAAAAGCAUAAGGCUUGGUGGAGGUGUCAGUAUUCAAGGAGCUCUGCAGAGGUCUCAGAUAAUAGGUAGAAAAUUUAGCCAAAUCAUACCUCUAUUGAGAAAUGGCAGCUUAAACCAUUUCCACUACAAAGGUUCUGCAUGAUUUGAACAAAGACAAUGCAUUAGUGGAUGAGGGCAUCUGGGAAGGAAAGUGAUGUUAGGAUUAGUUCUGUUCUCAUGGCUUAUCAGGCCUUGUACAAUUUUUGAGUAGAAGGAAACAAUAAUGGCUUUAAAAUUGAUUUGCACGUGUGACCUUGGGAAGCUUCUCAUUCAAGAGAGGGAAUUCUGUGCAACCCAAGGAGAGAGCUGCUUGAGGGCCUCUUGUCCAGGGAAAGCAGUUGGAUUGUGUUGCUCAGGAGCUAGGAUGUGGGAGUGUGAGCUUUGGGCAAAAUUUAGCACUUCAGUUGGGCUUGCCUUUCAAACAGUCUCUCAGUUGUGAUUUCCCUAAGCUUGGAGUGCUGCAUUUUACAAUAUACAAAUGGAUUUCAGGUUGGGGAGGAAGUGCUGAGCUCUCUAUUUCCAUGCUCUACAAGGCUGGUGCUACUUUACUUCAACUCUUCUGUUCAUUUUUUGGAUGCAUAUAUCAUCAGACUUGCAAAAAAAAGAAGUUGGAAUUGUUACUCUAACUACAAUUAAAAUACACAAAAUCUCUUCUAAAUUGUCUUCAUUCAUUAAUUUACCAAUGUUUUAGAAUUAAAUCAGGAAUGCCAAGUUUUGCUUCUAGUCUUUGUUGGAAUACUUCUAUUAACUACACGUAAAUCAACCUUAACCACUUUUUCUCUUGGGCACAGCUCCCAUUUUGUCUCCU